UACCUGACGAAUUGGACCAAGAGAUGGCAAAGGGCGAGGAGGUGAAGGCUAAUGGCGGUGGCUGGAAGAUCAGUCCCAUGCGCUUCAUGCAGAUGGCACUGGCGACGAUGGUGCUUUUCUCUCUGGCCUACAUGUAUCAGUUCGUGUCUGUGAGUAUCUCGCUGCGCUCAGCCGUGGAUUCGGAGGAUGAAGACGGCACUGGCCUCGUUCGCAACCGCGUGCUGGGCCACUCGGUGCUGCAUCUGCAGGGCUUUGAAGCAGGCCACACGUUUGUCAGUGAGUAUGAUGUGGAGAGCCAGGGGCCGCUAUACAUUCUGUUCAUGAGCGACGCUGAUGAGAGUGGCAAAUACUGGUGCCCGGACUGCGAGCGCGCCAAGAAGCCCGUGAUGGACGCCUUCAAUCGCGCUCCUAGGGGCUCACGACUUGUGGAAAUUCGCGUGGGGCCGCAAGCAUACUGGGCCGACUACAUGAACGAGUUCCGACAGAACCAGCUCUUCUACUUGGACCACAUUCCUACUCUUAUACGGUACGAAGGAGGCGGCAACUCGUCCACCAUGCUCACCGAGUCCUUCUGCACAGACCCGGACUUGCUAGACUAUGCAUUCCGAGUAAACAAACCACUGGCAGGGGAGCCCAAUAAGAACAAGGUGCUAACCGUGUCCUCCCCUAAAGAGGUGAUCGACUACCUGGCCACAUACGACAACAGUUUCCCGCUCUUCUUGUUCUUUGUAUCUGGGUAUCACGACUUCAACGGACGUCUGUGGUGCCCAUACUGCGACCGUGCGGAUGUGGCAGUGAUGCACUACUACAAUUAUACAGCACCAGACAACGCUGUCAUGGUGCGAGUGAUGGUCUCGACGACGUACAAGCAGUGGAAGAAGAAGAAGAACCCGUUUAAGCAGCCAGAAUUCCAGGAGAAGGUGGCACCAGUACGAGGCGUUCCCUUCCUCGGCUUCGUCAAGAAGGAUGUACCGGCCAACAAGAUCAACGUGCACCAGUUCAUGCCAGACUACCCGGAGACGAACAAGCUGAAGACGUUCUUUAAGAACAAGCCACGGAUGGCGAGACCCAACUAG